AUGUCUAGUUUCUUUGUGGAUCUCUGGGAGUCGGUGUUCACCCCCGGCACGAACCCUGCGCUCAUCCGUGCCACUCACAGCUCCUUCGUGAUGCUCGUGACCUCGCUCGUGUGGAUGGUCUACACCAGCCGCUCGAUCCACUUCUUCAAUCUCUUGGUGAUCGCCCUCUGUUUGUGGGCUUCGGUGACGUGGUUCCUCUCCGAGUUGGCGAAGGAAAAGCUCAAGAGCAACGAGCAGCUACUGAAGGAGGCCGGCGGCGACGCCGCCGCCGGCGGGGCCGAUCAGAAGGAGAAAGCGGCGGGUGAGGAAAAGAAAAAAGAGAAAUGA